AUGGCUGAGCUAACGCAUCUGCACUCUGCGUGGGAUGUUGACCGCCACAUUGUCCUCGAGGGCGAAAGACUUGUCUUGUUGCGCUUCAGUCACUAUGAAAACCCACCAACACCAACACAAAUAGCAACAACAACAAGAAGUAUAGAUGAGAACAGUGGAACUAUGUCCCAUUAUAUUGCCACUCGACAGAUGGAUGAGGUGCUGAUGACACUUGCCCCAAAAGUACGGAAGUAUUGUGUCAUGUAUGCCGUCUCCACAGUUGAAGUGCCGGCAUUUAACGAAAUGUAUGAACUUGGACACGAUCGGGAACCAUUUGCGGUGAUGUUCUUCUUUCGCAAUACACACAUUCGUGUAGAUGUGGGUACGGGUAAUAAUAAUAAGAUAAACUUCUUUAUGGAGGCAGAUGAUCUAUUGCCUAUCAUUGAUGCUGCGUACCGCGCCGGUAAGAGCGGUAAGGCUAUCACAAGUUCUGAAAAGAAAUUCACAACGGCAGCCGUACGGCGGUAA